GGUAGGCGGAGUGGAUGCUGAGUUUGUGAUAAGCUGGUGAGUGAAAAAAAAACGAUGAUGCCGAUGAUGAAAUAACUGUGAUCAAGGACAAAUAGCGGUCUCGAAUUCAUACCGUAUUGCGCAGAAGACCAUAUAAUUUUAAGCCCAGCCAGCUGGCUGCACACCCUGUGUGACCUCUGGAAAGGCUUGUUAGGAGCACUAUGGGGAACACAAGCAGUGAAAGGGCCGGCAUGGGCCAGGAAAAGGCCCACAGAAGGGAUAGUCGAGGAACCAAGGAUGGAGACCGUCCUAAAAUCCUGAUGGACAGCCCAGAGGAUGCUGAUAUUUUUCAUGGAGAGGACAUCAAAGCACCGUUAGAAAAAGAGCAAUUCAUCGACUGGAGACCAGACCUGGAGACCAAUGAUGAGGUUCUAAUUCUAGAUCGACCCACUGUAUUUCAGUGGACAGGAGCUGGAAGGGAAGUCUAUAUUUCUGGCUCUUUUAAUAAUUGGACCAAUAAGAUCCCUUUGAUAAGGAGUCAAAACAACUUUGUGGCGAUUGUGGAUUUGCCUGAGGGUGAGCACCAGUAUAAAUUCUUUGUGGAUGGACAGUGGACACAUGACCCAGCAGAGCCGGUGGUGACCAACCAGCUCGGCACAGUCAACAACAUCAUCCAGGUGAAGAAGACAGACUUUGAGGUGUUCGAUGCACUCAUGGUGGAUUCACAGAAAUGCUCUGACAUGUCAGACCUGUCCAGCUCUCCUCCUGGGCCGUACCAUCAGGACGCUUAUGUGCCCAAACAGGAGAAGUUAAAAUCUCCACCCAUUCUGCCCCCUCAUCUCCUACAGGUCAUCCUCAAUAAGGACACCGGCAUCUCUUGUGAUCCAGCUUUGCUCCCUGAGCCCAAUCACGUCCUGCUUAAUCACCUGUACGCUCUGUCCAUUAAGGAUGGGGUAAUGGUUCUGAGUGGCACACAUCGGUAUAAGAAGAAAUAUGUCACAACCCUGCUGUACAAGCCAAUCUGAGAAACAUGACCAUUUCAGCACAACUUACAUGACCUCAUGUCUAGCUUGGCUGGUUUAUAUAGUGUCUAGCCUGGCUGGUUUAUAUAGUAAGUAUUACUGUAAAUAGGGUACAGAGAUGCACUUUAGAGGGGAAUCCCACUUUAUUUGGUAUAAUAAUCAGAAACCUAGAAAUAGCUUAGAUUUACAGGACAGUUAAGCACAUAUAUACUCUUUUUGAGGUUGGUACACUUUUAAACACAUAGUAGGAAGAGAUGUGUUGUUGAAUGUGAGAAAUGAGUGUAAAUAGAGCUUUGUUUAAUUUAGUUUAAAUUAUUAAAUGUGUGUGUAGAUAAAUAUUAAUAUAUUAUUAGGUAGCAUAAUGAUA